GCAGAUCACGAAAAUAAUAAACAUGGUUCUAUGUGCUUUAAAUCCAAAUUAAAUAUAGGUGUAGUAGAAAAUGGCUUUAAAUCCCAAAAAGUUUUUAACGAAAGAUCUGAUCAAUAAACCCACACCUUUAGAUGUUUGGUUACAAGGCACAAUUGAACAAACUGUCGGAAAUGAUAUUUUGAUAAUUUCCGACACUUUCGGAAGAGCAAAAAUUGUUAAAUGUGAAUCAGCUGAUGGUGUUAUAAAUAAAAACUCAUUACGAAAGGGUGUAUAUUGCUGUAUUAUUGGGGUAGCUAUAAAAACAAAAGGCUUGCCAGAAAUCCAAGCCACAAAGUUCAUUGAUCUCAGCUCUUACCCCCAAAUGAAAGUCUCAUGGGAAAAUGAAGUGAAAGAAGCUGAAUUACUACUGCAGGGCAAAAUAAAACCAAUACUAUAAAAACAA